AUGCAGGAGCAGAGACCCUCCAAGCGCUUCCGCCCAACGGCCCCCAAUGAAGGUGUUCAUGCCCAGGAGACACGCUGCCCUGGCGCGGAAGGCGGAGACCCUGGGGGGGCAGCCGGACCCCCGCAGCCAGGCCAGCCCUCGAGACCCUUUGCCUAUGUGAACCCCUUGAGAUGUGAGACCCCAGCUUUCGUGGACUCGGCUCGCCUGGCACAGAGAGGCCGAGGCCGCCGCAGGGGAGAGAGCCAGAGGGCUGAAAGACGCCGGGGCCGGGACCCCCGCCUGCAGGAGGGGCCGGGACGCCUGCUGGGGCCAGAUCUGCAUUUGGAGCUGGACGGCGGAGAGCUGCCCGAACAGCCCGCGGAGCCAGAAGCCAGGGAGAGCCCUCUCGCCAGGGCAGCCACGGCGGCCGCGGCACACGGCCACGUGCUGCAGGACCCCGGCCCCGGCAGUGACGCACUUGGGAUGAGCCCCCAGGGGCUGCCCAACGCCUACACCGGGUUCUGGGGUCUCAGGGAGCUCCAGCCUUCCGCCUGCUCCUACGUUGGCUUCAUACCCUCGGGCUCGGCUUUGAUAGUCAUGCAGACACCCUCCGGCACCUAUCUGUAUUCGGUGGCGGCGCCCAGCCCCCACCACAGCCAGCCCCUCUCUCUCUGA